ACAGCCAAUUAGUAUCGCGGAAAAGCGGCAAUAAUACUUCGAGAUAUGCGACUAAUGCGACUAAUCGACUUACAUGCCUUUUUUAGAAGUGGAUAGAUAUUCGUGCAUGUCAUUCUUUUGCUCCGAUAACGCGUCACUGCACAUAUCCGUUCAGCAGUAGCAUUAGACAGACAGCCCUAAAAUAGUUACUUGUGGAUCAUCGGAGCUGAGGACGGGACUUGUCGCGUGUAAAGUUAAACUGUGCAAUCUCGCGGUCGACUCCGACGAUCAGUGGUCAUUGUUCAAUCGAUCGUAUCGUUAGUACAAAUUGUGCCAGUUCAGACAAGAAUUCUUCUCCGGACUGCAUUCCGCCUCCUAGCGCUCGCAUAUAUGCACUCUCUUGAGGAUAAGUCAAAACUACUCGAAAAUAAAUGAAAUAUUACAUACCAGUGCUAUUUAACUGCAAAAUAUUGUUCUAGUAACAGACGUUCGUAGCGAUUCGUAUCAGCGACAUCGCUAAUGUGAAAUACGCUUUACCAAUUAUUUGCUCGGGAAUAAGUGUUUCGGACCUUCAAAAAGUCUUAAUUCUCCUAAAUUCAAGAAAGUUUUCGAGUAACACACGCCAUGAACGUAUCAAUUUUAUUGUCAAUCGUAAUUGGUAUCCUCGCCAUCGUUCAUUACCUCUUCAGAAAUUUUAACUUCUUCAAAAGACAACAUGUGAUCCACAUACCGCCAAUGCCAAUAUUUGGUAGCUUGGCUUCACUUCUACUUCGUCAAUCGUCAUUCGUCGAGCUCAGUAAGAGCAUAUACAAUUUCAAUCGAGACGCAACAUACAUUGGAUUUUAUGCCAUGACGAAGCCGAUACUCAUGCUGCGCGACCCGAAGCUUAUCAAAGAAGUCGCCGUCAAGAAUUUCGACAAAUUUCCUACUUCGCCCGUUUUCCUCAAUUGUAAUGAUGACGUUUUCACACGGAAUUUACUUGCUCUACAGGACACGAAAAGAUGGCGGAAUAUAAGACAUUUACUGAGCCCCUUCUUUUCAUCUGCUAAAAUGAAAGCUUUAUUUACUUUGAUGUCGGAAUGCGCUGUGGUCUUUACUGAAUUAAUAUCAACAGAGAAGGGAAGCGAUAUGAAUAUGAGUACUAUGUUCGAUAGAUAUACGAACGAUGUAAUUGCUCUGUGUUGUUACGGAAUGGAGACCAAUUCUAUGAAAGAUCCGACAAACAAGUUCUACAUUUUCGGCAAGAGAAUUACUCAUUUGUCGAUAAUUGCCUCACUGAAGUUCAUUUUCAUUAGAACCUUUCCGAGACUCGGACGAAUAUUCAAUAUAAAACUUAUGGACAAUCAGGAGAUGAGAUAUUUUCAGGCCAGUAUAAGGAACGAAAUCACCACUCGCUAUGCCACGAAGAUGACACGUCCGGAUAUGAUACAAUUGAUGAUAGAUAAUAAUGAAAGCAGUGCAAAAAGAGUGCAAUUGGAUAUGGACGACAUGAGCGCACAUGCCUACUCUUUCUAUUUCGCUGGCUUUGAAACUAGUUCAGCCGUGAUGUCUUUCAUAGCUUAUAAUAUUGCGACUAAUCCAGACGUGCAGAUCAAGCUGCAGCAAGAAAUAGAUGAAAUCCUGAAGGAGUCGAACGGAAACGUAAAUUACGAAACCAUUAACCAACUCGAAUAUUUAGACGCGGUGGUAAAGGAAGCACUCAGACGUUUUGCGUCUUCCGUCACAGAAAGAAUGUGCAAUGAAGAUUUUGAAUUGCCCCCUGCGUUGCCGGGGGAGAAGCCUUUCAUUGUGAAGAAGGGCAUGUGGGUUUGGAUUCCGAUACACGCAAUUCAUCACGAUGAGAAAUAUUAUGACAACCCCGAGGAAUUUUGCCCGGAAAGAUUUUUAGAUAACAAAAUUGAUACUUCGCUUUAUUUUCCAUUUGGAUUAGGGCCGAAAAUGUGCAUGGGCUAUAGAUUCGCCACAUUGAUGACGAAAAUCGUUAUAUUUCAUCUAUUAGCUCGAUGCGACUUGAAACCCUGCUCGAAAACCAAGUCACUAACGUACAGCAAGAAAAUGAUACAAAUGAUGCCGGAGAAUGGAUUUUGGUUGAAUGUUAAGCAGAGAAACAAUAUUGAAUGGGAAUCUCAACUGGACCGCGCUUUCUAGAUGUUCGGCCAUGGCAAAAAAUUUAUUUAAAAAAUAAAAACACAUUCAUCUGGAGGAAUGACAGAACAGCUUGUACUACAGAACUAGUUCACACAUAUGCUUGUGUGCUAUGUAAUACGGACGCUUUACAAUGCAUAUAUAAUUACAAAAACUAGUUUUAAUAUUUCUUAGGUGAAAAAAAUUUUAAUUUUGUACUGUAAU